ACAUUUUAUUUUUAAGUCGAUGAAGAAAAAUACCCCACCCCCUCUCCACUGGGGUUACGUGCUGAAAGUUUAAAUCGACCUGCAUUGUGGGAUGUCAAAAAUGGCGGACUGUUUUCAAAGCGAACGGUUGUUGUCAAGAAGUCGCUUAAUAUUUUGAAAAUAUCUCUUUUCCCUUAUUUUGCCCUUGUUUUGGUUGUUAUCACAUGUACAUCGUUCAUUUUUUGAUAGAGUUGAGAAACUUUGGUGUAAUAACAGAUGAAUUGGUAGUCUAUUUAUUGAUGCUACUGUUUACACUCGUCGAACUUGCCUCUUGACUUCUGCAGUUUGGACGUAGUUUAAAAAGUAAGGCUUUUGUUGUACCAGACUUAAAGCUUSAAGAUGACGGCGGGAAUGAUAAAAGUUCCAAGUAUCAUGCCUUUAAGGCUGCCAGAGGUCGGAAGGAAAAACAUUAUUACCGCAGAYACGCCAAUUGAGCUUCGCACGGAAACCGAAGAUACGAUUAUUUACUACACUAUAAACGGCAUGAAACCCGAGCCAUUCAAACAGAUAGGAAUAAAAUGUACUUACAGAUACAAUAAACCAUUCGUGCUAGGACCUGGUAAAAGGGUGGUUAAAGCUAUGGCUACGUCGCUAGAUGGGACAAGAGAGAGUUCUAUAGUUACCAAGGCGUUUAUGGUUGAAAAGGCAGACAAUGAUCUUGACGCUAGUCAGAGGACUGCAUCAUCGGAUGGGAAUGCGCGACAGAAGUCAAGAGGAAUGUCUGGAUAUCGUCAAGAUAAUGACAAUAGUCAUCAUCAAAAUGAAUUAUCCGUUUCUAAUAGGCCAGUUUCUAAAGGAAGAUGGAGUGGUGAUUCCACAAAUCAACCAAAAACAUCAACACCAACAUCGAUGAAUCCUUACAUGGAAGGGCCUAAUUAUAGAAAACCAUAUUCAGAGCCACGAUUCAUGAAUAAGAGAUUUGGAUCUGAUAAAGCYACUAUAGCCACAUCUGACUUUCAGUCCUUUAAUGGGAUGAACGAUGAGUACAGAGAGAGAAAAGGCCCAGAGACCAAGACACAGUCAAAUAAGCUACRAAAAGAUACAGAUUACCUCAAAUGUAUUUUUUGUUUUGCGUCAAGACCUUCUGACCCAUUUGCUCGGUUUUGUGCAGAMUGUGGAUCACCCUUACCUCCCUUGCCUCAGAGCAGACUACCCCCUCCAGAAAUGGGUAAGCUGGUCACAUGCAUUUCCUGUCACUCAAUGGUACCAGCGAAUACRGAGAUAUGCAUUGUGUGUGAGUCGCCRAUGCCUCCACAAUGGCAGCCACAAGCUACCAAAAAGUUUCUUGCAAAGACUGUGUGUGCAACAUGCGGCACUGCUAACCCUCCAGACCUGAAAGUGUGUGUCACUUGUGAAGCACGACUGCCGACAGAUGCAAAGCAGAUUUAUACAGAAAAUAGUGCACCUCCUGUACCUAAAGGCGAUAUGGGGAGUUAUAUGACUUGUUCAAAGUGUUCAAGGAUCAAUAGCAGUGAUGCUCGUUACUGUGAUUGGUGUGGAGAGAGACCAAGCCUGUACCAGACACCUAUUACUUGUUCUAAAUGUGAGGCCUCUAAUAGCCCACAUUCUAGGUUUUGUCAUUCCUGUGGCUGUUCCAUAGAACCCCCUCCAAGAGUCACCCACAAAGUGAAGUCCAGUUUGAUAGGAAUGCUAGUGGAAAAGGACAAUAUACAGAACAUGGCUGGCYGCGGUGGUGGUGCAUCAUGGUUACCUGUUACUACAUCUAAUUACUAUGCUGACAAGGCUGAUAAGGCAACUUCCACUGUUGGACUAUUCUACCCAUCCUCCCAGUCCAUUAAUUCACAGAUCGAAUACGAGUUGAACGAGAGAGCAAGAAUGGAAGGAACCAGGGAUAGGCGGCUUGCUCUCGCCGGGGUUAGCCCGGGGCGAGGGUACUGGCGACAACAGAUGGAUCACAUAUGCGCUCACCUCAAAGCACAUUCUCAGAACAACCCAGAAUUCCGCAGUCUUAUUGGGGAACCACGGCUUGGGAAGAUCAUCACUGCAGCUGUUCAUGAGGACUUGGUUGGGGAAGAAUUCACAUUGACUGUCACAUUUGCACGUAGGGAGAGCAAAGAAUCUUGGAAAGAGAAGUCAAAGGCACUUGCUGACGGACUGAAAGCAUUCAAUAUCACUACCGCGUCUAGUAGAGAAGAUUUGAGUGGCAGUCAAAGUAGUCUCCAAAAUACACAGAAGAAAUUGAAAGCAAAGAAAUCUAAGAAGAAGACAAACGUGAAGGAAAAUGGAAAAGCGUCCAAGCUAAAGGAGGAAGAUCGCUUGCUUGUUAAAGAAGUUGGGCCUAAAGGACAAGGAAGGGAAGAUGAAAUCGAACGACUUUUGGAUGCUGGCGGCAAUCCUGACUGCGRAUCUACCGAUGGCGUCCCACUUGUUGUCCUGGCAACCAUCAAUAAACAUUUAGAUUGCAUUACGACUCUAGUUAAUGCUGGUGCGAAUGUUAACGCUAAAACACAAAGUAAAGGCAACACAGCCUUACACRAGGCUGUUUCCCUAGGGGGAGGGGGUGCCAAGUAUGUUGACGCCCUUCUGGGUCUGGGAGCUAAAGCUAACGUUAAGAAUGAUUCAGGACAGACGCCUUAUGAUUUAGCCAUGUCUUCUGGACACGAGUCCAUUGCGCAGAGAUUUACGUCGAACGUUGGUGACGAACUUCUUCAGACACUUACUAAACCGCACAAAACAAAGUAUAUAGCUGAAUAAUUAGUCUGUAUGUUACCUUGGGUUUCAGAGGUCUUGUUACUCCAGUUCCCAACGAGUCCCUCGUUGACCACUCAAGGAAAAAACUAAAAGCCACUUGUAAACCUGUUCCCCUCYUCCCCCACCCUUUCCCCCUCCCCUUCCAAGGCACCCUGUAGGCCUGAUACUCGGGUUAGCCACUUGUAGUAGGUAACUUCUCCAACCUAGUUUUUAUUUAAUUUUUACGUUUCUUUUAGUGAGUAAAAUAUGUAGCAUUGUCUAAGUAUUUGUCUUGGUUCAGAUCCUAUUUACUGGAAGAAGACAAACGAUYGUAAUAAACAAUGUAAGUCUGA